AUGACUUCCAACCGCAACCGGCGCAUUGCCAAGGAGAUUGCCGACAUCCACAACGAUCAGCACUCCAAGAUCGUCGUCGAACCCGCAGGCAAUGGCGAAGACUUGACACAUCUACGGGGGCAGUUCUUCGGUCCUCCUGACACACCAUAUGAGGGAGCUACCUACAAGGUCGACAUCCGGAUCCCGAGCGAGUACCCCUUCCGCCCACCGCUCAUGAAGUUCGAGACCAAGAUCUGGCACCCCAAUGUCAGCUCACAGACGGGCGCUAUCUGCCUCGACACCCUCUCCUCGCAAUGGUCGCCAGUUCUGACCAUUAAGUCCGCUCUGAUCUCGCUACAAUCGCUCCUCAGCACACCCGAGCCCAAAGACCCACAAGACGCAGAAGUCGCCGGCAUGCUACUUAGGAACCCCGCCGAAUUCGAACACAAGGCUCGCGAGUGGGCAGUCACAUUCGCUGGUGCGCCGCGGAAGGAGAUUGCUGAAGGAAGCGGGGGAGCCACAGCGGCGUCCAUCAAGAAGAAGGCGCAGCAGGCGAAACAGAACGAAGAGCAGUCUAAACUAGCUGCGUACAAGGGCUACAACAAGGACUUGGUAGAUCGCUUUGUCGCUAUGGGCUUCGACGUCGACGCCGUGGUCGCCUCGUUUGAGUAUGUUGGUAUCGAUCGCAUGGGCGGCGAAGACUACGAGCUGGAAGAAGCCUACAUGGGGGACAUCACUGCUCGGCUCUUCGGCGAAGCAUAG